AUGUUCUUGAACACAGCUUCUCCCCGGAGGUCGUCCACCGUCCCCGUUAACAUCAACCUGCAGGGUGCCCGCAGGCGGCAGACACGAACUACACUCACCAACCGUAUCACCACGCAGCAGGAAGUGUACAUCUACUCAUGGAUGAGAGUGACAGCGCAGGAGCAGGAGUGGAGUAGAGGGCUGGAUGAGCGUGGGGGGCAGCAGCGAGUUCGGACCCAGACGCCAGUGUCGAGUGUCGGGGAGGACAGAGCCCUCCUGCUGGGCUUCACCAUGAUGGCCUUCUCUGUGCUCAUGUUCUUCGUGGUCAGCAUCACGAUGGUCAAACCUUAUGUUAACAGUAACUGGGAGGAGAAGGUCCGCUGUGUGCUGCUGCAGGCCGACAUCCUGGAGCAGUGGGUGGACUGCAGAGGUGUGAGCAAUGUGCCCUGCCUCAGGGUGACGGUUAACCUCAGCGACUCCAAUCAGAGGGCUUUUCUCCACUUUGACGAGGAGUCGGUCCUCCUCGCUCCUGAGGUAGGGAUUUAUGGCUGUAAAAUCCAGUCAUCUUUUCUUUCCCAGUGUUUCUACGUACCCAAAUGUCAUAUGGACAGAACAGAACUUGAGGAUGAAGUCCUGAAAGUGAAAUGCAGCUUGGACGCUCAGCUGGGGAUCACCUCAGCGUGCUUCACUGACCGCACAGGGCACCCCGGGGACGUCAUCUUGAGCAGAAAAUACACCUUUAAGAAGACUGUGUUUGUACUGCUGUGGCCCUGUCUGAUGCUGGGCGGCGGAGCUCUGCUGGUGGGCCUUGUGAAGCUCACACAGUGCUUAGCCCAUCUCUCCGCUGAGAUAUGCAGUGAGGCUGCAGUGGGCAGGCUGACUUCCAGAUACACUCUGGGCAAACUGUACAGACUUCUGUGGAGGUCCAGCAUGCAGUCUCCUUCAUGA